AUGCAGCGACAAUUCCUGUUCAGUGCGACACGCCGCAAUGGCCUCACACCACGAUUCUUCUCAACCACAACUAUGCGACCAGCGAUCAACAAGAUUGUCUCAUCCGCGCAAGAAGCUAUCAAGGACAUGAAGUCAGACACUACCGUUCUUGUCGGUGGCUUUGGCUUCUCGGGUGUUCCAAUGACGCUCAUCAACGCGCUCCGGGAUCGAAAGGAUCUUGGAAACUUCACAGUCGUCAGCAACAAUGCUGGUAUGCCUGGUGUUGGCUUAGGUCAAUUACUGGACACAAAGCAGAUUGGUACCAUGGUUGCGAGUUAUAUCGGCGAUAACAAGGUCUUUGAGCAAAUGUACCUGAAGGGAGAGUUGAGCUUGGAAUUGACGCCUCAGGGUACAAUUGCAGAGAAGUGCGCAGCUGGUGCGGCGGGUGUACCAGCUUUCUACACUCCUGCUGCUUAUGGCACAAUUGUCCAAACUGGCGAACUCCCUGUCCGCUACAACACCGAUGGCACAGUCGCGAAAAUGGCCCCACCAAAGGAGACACGCGAAUUCAACGGCAAAUCAUAUGUCAUGGAAGAAGCGAUCUUCGGCGACUACGCAUUCGUCAAGGUCGCAAAGGCAGACAGGCUCGGUAAUUGCCAGUUCCGCAAGGCGCAAAAUAACUUCAACGAGGCUAUGGGCAAAAACGCGAAGAUGACGAUUGUGGAGGCAGAUGAGAUCGUUGGGGAUGGCGAGAUUGCGCCAGAGGACAUCCAUCUGCAGGGCAUUUACGUCAAGAGGGUGAUCAAGAGCACAGAAGCAAAGGAGAUCGAGAGAAAGGUAUUCUGGAAGAGCCCAGAGGAGCAAAAGAAGGCUCUGCUGGAGGGUGGCUCUUCAGAAGCGUCGCAAAAGCGCGAACGUAUCAUCAAGCGCGCGGCCCAAGAACUGAAGGACGGCAUGUACGUCAACCUCGGCAUUGGUAUGCCUCUCGCGGCGCCAGCGUUUCUGCCCGAAGGCACCGAGAUCGUACUCGAAUCAGAAAACGGUAUCUUGGGAAUGGGCCGAUACCCCAAGCCUGGCGAAGAAGACCCUGAUCUGAUCAAUGCUGGUAAGGAGACCGUCACUUUGAUCAAGGGCGCUUCGGUAUUUGGUAGCCACGAGAGCUUUGGUAUGAUCCGGAGUGGAAGGAUCGAUGUUGCUAUGCUGGGUGCUAUGCAGGUCAAUCAGUUUGGAGAUCUCGCGAACUUCAUGCUUCCCGGCAAAGUCAAGGGUAUCGGCGGUGCAAUGGACCUUGUCGCAAACCCCACACAAACCAAGGUCGUUAUCACCAUGGAGCACGUCGACAAGAAGGGUAACCCCAAGAUCUUGAACAACUGUUCUUUUCCUCUCACCGGACAGAAGUGCGUGUCGACAAUUAUCACAGACUUAGCGGUCUUCGACGUCGACCGGAUAGAAGGGUUGACGCUCAAGGAGCACGCGAAGGGCGUAACAGUGGACGAGAUCAAGAGCAAGACCGAGGCGCCAUUCAAGGUCGCCGACGAUCUGAAAGAGAUGAGCAUUUAA